UGUUCUGUUGUGUGAUUGCAGUCAACUCAGCAGCAGUGUCAGAAGAAAAGAAUCAUCGUCGUUGUCGUAAAUCCAAAACUCGAGUCGAAGAAAAAGCUGCCUCCGUCGAUACAUCGAGGAGAGUCGAACGGCGAAAAAAAAAACAACAGUGCACAGUAACGAAGAAUCUCUUGCGGUGUUAAUUACGCUAUUCCAGUCCGGUGUGAUUUUUUGGGUUUUCCGCGUGGGUUUCGCGAUUCGGAAAAAGCAGCGGAGUGCUGUGUCGAUCGGACGGUAGUUUUUGCGUGUUUCCCCCGGCGAAGGAUUAUCUACAGGAAGGCAGUCAGUCAAUCGAUCGAUCGAUUUCCUACCCAUCGGAGAAAGAAGAAGGAAACGAGCGGAAACAACGCAAUCGGAAAGCCGAUUCUCGAAGGAAUAAGGUAGAAUGGCGCAGAUACGCUACGUGUUGCUAGCGUUUGCCGUGGUGGCGAUUUCCUGGGCUGCCGGACAGCAGCAGCCAGCGAGCAGUUCCACUGUGGCACCAGUACCAGCUACGGAUACUACAACGGCAGUACCGGCACCGGAUAAUAACACAACCACCAGUACGACUCCGGCUACAACAACUAAGGUUCCGGACAAUACAACUACUCCAGCAACCACAACCACCACUACCACCACCACGUCAACUUCAACCACAUCGACUACCACUCCGGUUCCGGACAACUCUACUACAACGACAACCACCACCACCACUCCAUCGCCCACUCCGGAUAACCACAACACAACCACGACCAGCACUACUACCCCGUCGCCGACGCCAACUCCGAAUCCGACCCCGACCCCGACGCCAUCGCCGGCUCCCACUCCGGUGCCGCACUGCAAGCGCUUCGACGGAUACUCGUUCGUCGGUGGAAUGAUCCUGGCGUACGGUUCGCUCGCGAUCGCCCUAGUCCUGUGGAAGUUCUACAAGGCCCGCACCGAACGGAACUACCACACACUGUAAGUUAGGAGGGGGAGGGAGUAGAAGCGUGAGCGAGCAGUAAGGUGUUUCAUUCUCCGGUGGUUACAUGAUCUAAGACCAAAAACAAAAUGAUUAAUAUUUCGUCAACUGUUUUUUUCUAUUUUUAUUUGUACGAUCAGGGAUUAGGGAUGGACGAUGCUCGUUAGGCAAGCAGAAGAGGGCGGAAGCGUACGAAUCUUAAUUUUUUAUGUUUAGUUUUACUUCUUCAUUGAAUUAAUCUUUGGAAAGUUUUUUUUUAAUUUUCCCAUCGAUGUUUUUGCAAGAUUUGCUCAAUCAGAAAAGAAGGAAUCUCGUUGGGAGUCAGUUUAACUAAUAAGGGGACAGUUUGGGAGAAGAUAUAUCUGUAGUCGAAAAUAAUAAAAAGGAAAGUAAAUUACAGUUUUAUUUUGUUUCUGUUGGUGCACCGGAACAUUUGGGCCGAUCGCAGUAAGCGGGUGUAUAUGCUGAAUGGAAGUUGGCACUGAAGUGGCCCACUGAAUUGGGCUACUAUGAUUCUGGAUGGUAUAAUGAUUGUCGUACAGAAUUAUAUAUUUCAUGUUCUUUUCUUGAUGUCGUCUUUUUUAUAUCUAGUUUUUGUAGCAAGUCGAACAUUGUUCGUGAAGAAUCAGCAUUUAAGAAACAAAAACCAUGUUGUGUCAUAAACCAAAUCAAGCGGAAUCAUCGAAAAAGAUUCGUAAGAGGAUAAUGAAAAACAUCAGUUUGUAAAUAACUCAACAGAAACACAUGAGAGAAUCUCCUUAACUGUUUAUUUGUCCACUGUUUUAUCAAAAUCUAUAUUGACAUAAAUCGCAAACAAGCUACAGCAACUGGUAAAGCUUCGCAUCGUUUUAGAAAUUGGUUAAAAAUGACGCGUGCUAUUGGCGGAGAACAAACAAAAAAUUGAAAUCGGGGAGGGCAUAAGCAAAUAUGAAGAUCUACACUGAAAGUCUGAUGGAUAUCCUAUCUUUUUGAAAUGCGUGGGAACUGAUUGAAUGCAAGGAAGAUCGAAGAAAAAAAAACACAUACCUUGAUCAGAAUAAAAACGAACAUAUACAGAUUUAAUGCAGAGAUAAAGGAUGGAAAGUGCUCUUAAUAAAGAUACAAAAAAUAUGAAUGUUUACCACUCAAACAAAAAAAACAAACGUGAAGGAAAUAGAUCACAUUGACACUUUAAAUGGCAAUCUCUUUAUGAUGGUGUAGUGUACAAACUAGAAAAAAAGAAUCAUUCGUCCAUCCUUGCUUAAAAAAACUUUAACAGCUGAUAAGAAUGAAACAACUACAUUAACACAAAGAUCUCGUUUGUAGUUGUUUCCAUAAACAAAUAAACUUUAAAAGCAUUUCUCAGAAAUUGGUGCGAAUCGAAAAUCCGACCGACCAAUCGAUUUCUGAGUGAUUCGGUUUUACCGCGGGUUAGACGCCCACAGAUACACAUUGACACACACACACACACACACACACACACACACACACACACACACACACACACACACACACACACACACACACACACACACACACACACACACACACACACACACACACACACACACACA